CUCCAUUGUCCCUGUCUGCUACUAUUACUGCUUAGUACUUACUACUCCUUCCUCCUCCUCAAAAACAAAAGUACCAUUCCCAACCACUCCUUUUACCUCUUCCCCUUCCCCUUUCUCUUCUUGUCUCUGCUCCAUUAAACACACUAUGGUAGUUUAGAUUCAACUGGUUUCAACCAGAGUCAAAAAAAUAUCUACCUCUGAACUGUGAAAGAAGAAUGGCUUAGACCCCAAAAAGAAAGUGCCUUUGAGCCACACUUCGAGGCUACUUUUUCCAGAACGAGAACCACCCUUCACUGAGACACACUUUUCUGCAUACCAUUUUUUUUUUUAUUAAACAGCAAAAAAAGAAAAAGCAAGGAGCUUUAGUCUUGUGCGGAAGCAAGUUGAUCUCUUGAGGGAAGAAGGAAGAAGAAGAAGAAAAUGGGGUGCUGCCAUUCGAGGAUAGAAAGAGAAGAGACAGUGUCACGUUGCAAAUCAAGGAAGCGUUACAUGAAACAGUUUGUUCAAGCAAGACACGCUUUUUCCGCUGCGCAUGUUAUGUACAUUCGUUCGCUUCGUGCCACUGGUUCUGCUUUGCUUCAGUUCGCAAACGCCGAAACUGAAACCGUUGUUUUUCACCAUCUCCACCACCACCUUCCGCCGGACCCUCAGCCUAUUCUCCCCUCUCCUCCGCCGCGGGCUCCGACUCCGAUGCCGCUCUCUGCCCAAAGCUCCAUUGUCCCUGUCUGCUACUAUUACUGCUUAGUACUUACUACUCCUUCCUCCUCCUCAAAAACAAAAAGAACACAGAGCGAGCUUGCAAUGGUGGUUUCAAGAAACACGAAAGAUCUGGUUGAAGUUAUAAAGGAGCUUGAUGAGUAUUUUCUCAGAGCCGCUGAUUCUGGUUCACAAGUUUCGUCGCUGCUUCAAGUUCCAAGUUCUGGUUUUUCUCAUCAGAACAAAGGAAGUAAAGUGUAUGGUUAUGGAUGGCCGUCGCUAUUGACAUGGAGUUCGAGUCCGAAGCUGAAUGGAUUUGGCAAGUUGGCUGAGGAAAAUCCUCUUUCUGUGGGUGGUUUUGGGGGUAAUACUGUUGGCAGUGGCGGCGGCGGCAGUGGUGGUCACUGCUCAACUGUGGAGAGGUUAUAUGCAUGGGAGAAGAAAUUGUACCAAGAGGUUAAGAAUGCUAAGAUAAUAAAGAUGGAACAUGAGAAGAAGGCAGCACAGCUAAGGAAGUUUGAGUUGAAGAGGGCUGACUAUGUGAAGACGGAAAAGACGAAGAAAGAGGUCGAGAAGUUAGAAUCGCAGAUGAUGGUUGCCUCGCAGGCCAUUGAAACCACCUCCUCCGAAAUCAUCAAAUUAAGAGAAAUAGAGCUCUGCCCUCAACUCAUUGAUCUUGUCAAAGGAUUGAUGUGCAUGUGGCGGAGCAUGUAUGAAUGCCAUCAAGUUCAAAAGCACAUAGUUCAGCAGCUGGAAUACAUCAAUACCAUACCAUCGACUACCCCAACGUCCGAGAUUCAUCGGCAGUCGACUCUUCAGCUUGAGGUUGAAGUACAGCAAUGGCACCAAUCCUUCUGCAACCUCUUCAAGGCUCACAGAGAUUACAUCCAAUCCCUCACAGGCUGGCUAAGGCUCAGCCUUUUCCAGUUUGGCCGAACCCCACUGAGCAGAACUACCGAGGAGUCAAAGAUAUAUGCCCUCUGUGAAGAAUGGAACCUUGCUGUUGAUCGCAUACCGGACAAGGUCGCAUCUGAAGGAAUUAAAAGCUUGUUGACUGUUAUUCAUGCAAUUGUAGUUCAACAGACAGAGGAGCAUAAACAAAAGAAGAGGUCAGAUUCUGCAUUCAAAGAGCUCGAGAAGAAGGUUGUUCAGCUUCGAUCUCUUGAGUGCAAAUAUGGUCCAUACUCCAUUUCAGAGUCCUCUGGUACCAUGCGGACCAAGGACCCCGUCAGCCAGAAGCGUGCUAAGGUGGAAUCUUUGAGAGCGAAGGCCGAAGAAGAGAAGACUAAACAUGAAAAGGCAGUGAGCGUAACACGGGCGAUGACAUUGAACAACUUGCAGAUGUCAUUCCCCCAUGUUUUUCAGGGAAUUGUGGGAUUUUCAAAUUUGUGCACUGAGGUUUUUGAGUCUGUAUACAACAAGGCCAAAGCUGUUGGACAGGAACAUGAAUUGAAAAGAAUAUUGCCAUAGGAGAAUUGACAUGGAUGUAUAGAUGAUCCCCUUGCAAAACAUAUCUAUAAAUUGUACUUACACCCAGUAAUAUUAUCGUGAAGGCAAAUGAAAGAGUGCAAUGUAAUUUCACUCAGUAUUUUUGUAUGACUCAUUUUAGUGCUGAAUCCUCAUAGCAGUGGAAGCAGAAGCUGCUAAGUUUGCUGGGCAAGGGAGCUGAAUGAACUUCGGCUUAGGAUUUCACUUGGUUUGAUUACAUUGUGCUGUUUAUAUAACACACUUGAUAAAUGUUGAAAUUAGGAGGAAAAGUUUGUAACCAUGGUUUUGCUUUCCUUUUAGGAUAUGCUUAUGUUGAGUGAAUGCAACAUGCUUCUUAAGCUAAGUCGAGGCAUUAUUUGGAA